GCCAGGUCAGAGCCGGCGGGGCGCACUCGGGGCCGGGCGCGGGACGGGACGGGCCGGGUGUGCGGCGGAGCAGAGGGCAGGUCCCAGGCUGUUGCUGCGCUGUGUGAAGGUGAAAUAUUAGAAAUGCUGUCCCGAUUAAGAACAGUGGCCACUCCCUGUGUGCUGGCCUGCCGCAGGGUGCACACAAAGGAAAAAGGCAAGCCACUCAUGUUAAACCCGAGAACGAACAAGGGUAUGGCAUUUACACUAAAGGAACGACAAAUGCUUGGGCUCCAAGGACUUUUACCUCCUAAAAUAGAGACACAAGACAUUCAAGCCUUACGCUUCCAUAAGAAUUUGGCAAAAAUGAGUGACCCCUUGGAAAAGUACAUCUACAUAAUGGGAAUCCAGGAGAGAAAUGAGAAGCUGUUCUAUAGGGUGUUACAAGAUGAUAUUGAGAGAUUAAUGCCAAUAGUAUACACACCCACUGUAGGUCUAGCCUGCUCUCAAUAUGGACAUAUCUUUAGGAGACCAAAGGGAUUAUUUAUUUCUAUCUCAGACAGAGGUCAUAUUAGGUCAAUUGUGGACAACUGGCCAGAAAAUGAUGUCAAGGCUGUUGUAGUAACCGAUGGAGAGAGGAUAUUGGGCCUUGGAGAUCUGGGUGUAUAUGGAAUGGGGAUUCCUGUAGGAAAGCUGUGUUUAUAUACCGCAUGCGCUGGGAUACGGCCAGAUAAAUGCCUUCCUGUGUGUAUUGACGUUGGAACUGAUAAUCCAGUAUUAUUAAAAGAUCCAUUUUAUAUGGGCCUGUAUCAAAAAAGAGACCGCUCACAAUUUUAUGAUGAUCUGAUUGAUGAAUUUAUGGAAGCCAUUGUAGACAGAUAUGGCCAGAACACGCUUAUUCAGUUUGAAGACUUUGGGAACCAUAAUGCUUUCCGGUUUUUGAGAAAAUAUAGAGAGAAAUAUUGUACCUUCAAUGACGAUAUUCAGGGGACAGCCUCAGUGGCUUUAGCAGGGCUGCUGGCUGCACAGAAGGUUACUGGUAAAGCAAUCACAGAGCACAAAGUUUUGUUUCUUGGAGCAGGAGAGGCUGCCCUGGGAAUUGCAAACCUCAUUGUUAUGGCUAUGAUGGAAAAUGGCCUUUCUGCAGAGGAAGCGCAUGAGAAAAUAUGGAUGUUUGAUAAAUUUGGCUUAUUAGUUCAGGGCCGAGAACAAAAGGUAGAUUCCAAUCAAGAAUCGUUUACACACCGAGCACCCAAUCGGGUGCCAAAGACAUUUGAGGAUGCAGUGAAUAUACUUCAGCCUUCAGCUAUUAUCGGUGUUGCAGGUGCAGGUCGGCUUUUCUCUCCUGACGUGAUCAAAGCAAUGGGUUCCAUCAAUGAAAGACCUAUAAUAUUUGCACUGAGUAACCCUACGGUGAAAGCUGAAUGCACUGCUGAAGAUGCCUAUACAUUAACAGAGGGACGCUGUUUGUUUGCCAGCGGCAGCCCAUUUGAAUGCGUGACUCUGAAGGAUGGGAGGAUCUUCAAACCAGGCCAGGGAAACAAUGCCUAUAUUUUUCCAGGGGUGGCCCUGGCAGUAGUCCUCAGUGGUGUUCGGCAUAUUAGUGAUAAGGUCUUCCUGGAGGCUGCAAAAGCAUUGACUGAGCAAUUAACAGGUGAAGAACUUGCCCAAGGGAGACUUUACCCCCCACUUUCCAACAUCAAAGAAGUUUCCAUUUGCAUUGCUGUUAAAGUUAUGGAAUUUUUGUAUGCGAACAACAUGGCCUUCCACUACCCGGAGCCAGCGGACAAGAACCAGUAUAUCCAAUCCAAGAUAUGGAGCUACGAAUAUGACUCUUUCAUACCAGAUGUGUAUGACUGGCCUGAGUCACCAGAUCAGCCUCCGAAAAUGCACUGAUAUACCAAAAGGUGACACUGCUCAAGUGGUGUCCUCUCCUCUGCAGGGAACCCCUUUCUGACCAAUUUAAGAUCAUGACUCUGAGAUUUGUAACCUAUUUUCCUCCAUUUUGUUGUUGUUUUUCCCUUCCUCCCUCCCAGUUUUACCGUGACAUAGAUUUCCCUAUACACAUCUGAUCAAAUCUGUGGGUGAUGGUUCUCAUCACAUGAAUGGCAUAGCUGUCCAAAACAAAUUGAAACUCUGACCAUAAUGCUGCAUUUCUUGUUUGGAGCCCUCACCACACUAGAAUAUUAUACAAAUGACGCUUUAGUUUUGUCCAAAAGAUACAGCACUGAGUUAUUUGUCUCAUCAUUGCUGAUUGCCAAGAUAUUUUUGUGUUUCUUGUUCUUUCCGUGCUGUCACCAACCACAAAGAUCGACAUCACAGAAAGAAUCAGUCAACCAAAAAGGCCAGGCUAAUUCAAGUAGCAGGUUUUUUUGUUUUGUCUAGAGGACACAGCAUCGUAGUCCAGGUUCGCUCCCUUCAUUCAGCCGCUGUUCUUUGAACCUGCUUUGGAUUUUCUUGGAAAAACUGAAUCUGAAGCAGUCUACAGAAACCCUUCAUAAAAAGCUACAGUGGCACAGACUUCCAGGGUAGCAGAAUUCACAAGUUAUGUCUGAAAGUAUUUGGGGGGGGGUGUUCUUUUUCGUUUGGCUCUUAUACUGAAAUUGAACCAGUUGCAAACUUGUCCUCCUUGCACGUGCGUAUGUCAAAUGAGGAGUUUGUUGGGGGGCCUGACACGUCUUUGUGUGAAGUGUUUGUGAUCAUGUUGACUGGGAGAGGCUCCAAAGCAGACAUCCGCAGUGCUUUGAAUGAAGGCUGCUUUUUCUCUUUUUCCCCUCUUUUGUUUUUUCUAGAUCAGGGUGUCCAGUUUCUGUGUGACCAGUGGCUGCAACGCCCACAGCCACAUGCUGCAUGGGUUGCACUCUCCCCUUCACACACCAUGCAGUGGAUGACCCCCUCCCCUCCCGCUGUACCAUGCCAGUACCCUGGAUGCUGUGGCUUCCACUGCCACAUUGCACAGUGGGUGUGACCCUGCUCUAACGUGCUGGUGCCCUUGUGCCAUGUGGAGUCACUAGGUCUACCUGAGCUGACCAGCUGGGGGGUUCCUCAGCCCUACCCCACUCCCAAGGUGGGGGCAGAAAAGCAGAAGCAGAGGAGGAACAGACAGACUGAGUCUGGAGGCAGCAGCACCUGGAACGGUGUUGGGGGGUGGCUCCCGGGCAAGGUUCCCAGAGUCUGUAGGUUAACCUCUCAGGGCCAGAUGCAGCCUGCAGGCUGCCAGUUGGACAGCCCUGCUCUAGACAAUAAAACUAGAGCGGUAACUAGAACGCCUGUUUGCAACCACUUGACUGCAUGUUUCCUGCAGCUUCUUGCUCAGUAGAUUUCCAGCUGUUCUCAGUGGAUAGACUUGAAAGGGUUGAUUUGUUUUUCUUUUCUUUUUUUAAUUUGUCAGUUCAGUCCAUAGAAUGGGGACUUCAUUUCUAUCAUACGGCUUUAUAAGUAAGCAAAGAUUGCGGCCAAAUCACUGCUAGUUUAGGUCUUCCAUUUCUCAAGUUUAUUCAAGCUUAGCUUCCAUUGCAUUGAUGCCACUGUGAAUUUGAUGACAGUAUUACAGUUGGUUUUGUUCUCAUUUUCUUCACAUCUGCUUUCUUCACAAAAUCCAUCUCCCUUCAUUAGUGGACACAAGCUGUAGUUAUUGCUGGUGUGUGUGGACUUUGUUAAAUUCAUCCCAUUAGUGAAGGGUUUGCUUUGGGAAUACUCAAAGGAUGAUGUGAUUUACUGGAGUUUGCUGAAUCAAGAAAGAACGACAGAAAUAAAUAGCGGUGGCAAGAACUUCUGAUUGAACUGAUCACCUAGAAUCAAGGGCUAAGGUCAUCAGUAAACGUGCUCAGAUUAUUCCCAGGACAAAUAUGUGUUUCUUACCAUACACUUAUGGGUUUCUGUGAAGCAAGGCCAGUGUUUCUUCAGGCAUAGUAGGGAUUUCUGUCAUACCUUCUUGCAGAUACAGGGGCAUACCCUGUCCUUUUUAUUGUUCAUUCUGAUUUUUUUAAUCUUUCUAAGAGAGGAGGAAAAAUAGUGGCUUUAGGUAGGUGAAAGAAGCAAGGUGAUUAUAUGCACAGAGGAAAAAACGACUAUUUGAGGCAAAAUACUGUGUGGUGGCGGCUCUAAAUUCCGUGUCUCAUUGUAUGGAUCAUGGAGUGUCUGAUUUAUAUAUAUAUACAUAUAAAAAGACCAACACACCCGUACAGUGUUUUUACAAAAAAAUGUUUUUUCAUCUAUUUUUGCUAUGCUUGGUUUUUAGUGUAUUUAAAUGUAUGAUCUUAUUCAGAAUCUAUUUAUUUAUUUAGUACAAACUAGACCUUCUGAAAACUCAAACCUCACCAAAACUUGGCCUGAGGAUUUUGUUGUGUAUAAGCAGGGCUCUGCAUUUAAGUACAUGGGCAACAGCCAUUCACUCACUCCCUUGCAGUGAAAAUGUAAACUUUUAGCACUCCAUGUGUUGCCCUGCUGCUGUGUCUUGAAGACAAGUCCCUACUGCCAUGUGCCAGCGGUGGCAGCAGUCAGCAUGAAAGGUUCUGCUUCUGUUAUUCAACAGAAACAUGCAUAGAUCCAUUCAAAGCCUAGGUUCAAAUUGUGCCUGUUUGGCUCUUCUGAAAGUCUGUAGGUAUUGAUUGAUUAACCUCUGAAAAUAAGGCCCUCAGAGAGUGUCACUGAGUGGCCACAGCACAAAUCUUGCCCAAGGCUGAAACAGUGAUAGCUGACACUGCCAGUUUUGUUUCUGUUUUGGCUGGCAUGGUCUUCCAGUAAGAAUGGGGAAGAUUGCUCUUUUCUCAAAUCAUUGUCCAUUCACUUCGGAGCGUUGGUUUCUUGCUAUUCUCAAUGCUCAGAAGACACCGAUAGUGGCAUUUACUGGCUGUGAAUGAGUUUGUAACUUCUUAAAUGAGAAGCAACUGAAAGCAAUAGGAAAGAGCAUAGUACUUCUGUCUGCGUCUGAGGCCUUGUCUAGACAACAUCUAUAACUUGAGUCUGUAACUACAGUACAUUUGAUCUGGCUUCUAAAAUUUGAUUCUAAUUGUGUCUUUGUAACUUGGUUACAACAGUAGAAGACCAGGGGUCCUCACCGAGUUACUGGGAUGUCUCGUGUACCUUGCAAUGUUUAACUUGUAUUGUUGUUCACUUGGACUGUGGCUAUUGUCCAUUUCUAAAACGGUGCCUGUAACAGACUGCUCUUUGUCUUCUGUUUGUGACAGCAGUAAUGGAUCAAGUAAUCGUACUUUGAUGCAUUUCCUUUUUAAACAUGCUGAAAAGGAUGAAAUAUAUUCAUACAUUUUCAUAUUCAUACAUUCUGGAACUGUGGGGUUUGAGUCUCUUUCAGGAUUGGUCCUAGACCUGUUCCUGUUAAAAUUAUCAGGAGCAAGAACAGGCCAUUAGAAAACCAGAUACAGAAACACUGAUAUUACAGACAAAGGCUAUAUGAGCUGUUGAUUAAAAAAAACCCCACAAAAAACUUUAAACAAAAAAGGAGCUAAGGGAACGUGACCUAACUACAUGACUUAAAAAGGUUAGGUGUUCAAAAGUGUUACGUAUUCCUCUGUGUAUGUUGCUCUUGGCCAACAAUUGUGUGUGUAAGAAGCCAGUUUAAAAUGCUGCAUCAAAUACAUAAAAAAUAUAACUUGCCACCUGUGUUUUAUGGGACAUACAAUGGAGUCCUGUGUUGUUUUAUGAAUUUUAAAAGAUAUUUUGCGAAAAUACUUUAAGUGAGGUGACAUUUCACACAUAUGUUACUAUUUAACUUGUCUGCUCAAAGCUAACAAGUUUUGUCCUUUUUACCUUUUUCCAGCAGGUCUUUCCAGUAGGAGGGGAAAGUAGUCCUUGGUCUUCAAGGCUGCUUGCAGAUGUUAAAAAAACCAGUCAAACAAAAACCUUGCUUUACCUGAAGAAGCAGCAUAUUACUUUGACCCAGCUCCGCAGUGUCUGUAUAAAUUGGGCAGUUCAGUGUGGCUUUGGUGCCUUUAUCUCAGGCUGACACAAUCAGCUAUUAGAUAAAAGCAUCAGAAAGCCCCACUAAAAUGCCCAAUCUUUACAAAAUUUGGGCAAGCUGGGUCCAACUAAUGUGAUGCUUCUUCUGGGCAUGUGCUGCACCCGAUGCAGGAGCACACCAAGUGUAAAGUAGAGUGCUGUUUUGUUUGUGUUUUAAUGUCUGCAAGCAGCUUAAAUCUUUUAUCUAUCUCCAUUUAGUAUCUGCUUUACUUCUGUCCACUUUAAUGAUGCAGGGACAUGCCUGAGGGUCAGUUCUUGUAAAAAUAAUAUGACAGGCUAGUAUAUAUAAAAGGUAAGUCGCACAACUCUGUGACUCUAAACAAAAUGGCCAAGUUAUAGAUGGCACCACCCCAUUUCUUGAUUUUUCAGUUUGCUAUGGGCAUUAAUGGGAACCUGUGCAAUAGCAUUCAGUGGGAAACACUGAAAAAUGCCUCUGAUUCAGGAGGCAUCUAACUCUGUAUAUGGCCCUUUUUGACUUGUCUCGGUAUUAACGUUUUUGUCAUCAUAGUAUUUGAGUGCCCACAAAUGUGUGGGGUGGAAAACAUAGAACAACUCAGCCCUAUGCUGUUACACUAUCUCCUAAAGCUCAGUAUAUGAUGUAGAUGAAGCCUGCCAGGGCCUGCUUUUGAAGGAUAUGUACUAGAUCGUUUGUAGGGAAUCCAUUAUUUCCAGGGCAGUGCACCACAGCUGGAAUUUGUUUUAAAACCUCUAUUCAUGUCAGAAGUUUGGCUUGCUAGCAUGUAAAGGCAUCUGUAUAUUGUGCGGAGGUCAAGCCCAAUCCACAUGUUAGCACUGGAGGGAACAGAGCACUCCAACAAGCACUUCUGACUGUGAUACAUCUGUCCUCAUGUAGUCGCUUUCUAAGUGAAAUGGAAAUUAAAAUACUCUGCAAACUACACAAAAAGUAUUGUUUUUCUUUUCAGGACAGAUAUUGUCAGGAAAUAGUAAUUCUGCCAUUUUGUCUAUUUUAAAAAUGCUAUAAACAUUGCAACGAAAAUGAAAGCAUCCCUUCAUGUUGAAGUGGUGGUGGGAACAAGUCUAGACUAGGGGAGUCUUCAGGAUGCCUUUUUCUGUCCAGGAUUUGAUUGAUUCCGAGAGGGUCGCUUGUCAGCUGAAACUGAAAUUGUAUUGAAAUGUGAACUGUUUUGGUUUUUUUUUCCCCCUGCCUUUAUAAUAUUGUAACUGUAUUGAGCUAUGUGUUCUGGUAUUCUAUUUUCUUAGUAAAAUACAUUUUCCUUUGCCUAA